GUGGUCGCAAGGAAAAGAGUGGGAUGUCGAGUCGUUGGGAAAGCGCAACUACACAACUGACCAGAAUUGCUUGAGCUUGAUAGAUAGGCAAGAGCUGGCAUGCGCUAUGGCCAAGGUCGUAUUGCUGAUCUUCAUCCACGGCUUCAAGGGCGGCAAGGAUACCUUUGGGCACUUCCCAGAAGAACUAGCUCAAAAACUCAAUGCUCAAGAAUCAACGGGACCUGACGACACGACUACUGCCGUCGAGUAUCGUGCGCUAAUUUAUCCAGCCUAUGACACACGUGGAAACUUUGCGCUCGCUGUGGCCAAGCUACGAGAAUGGGUCCUUGAGAAAGUCAUUGAUGCCGAAUCUGAGCUAGGCACGCGUAACCCCAUGUUGACACCAAGCACUCAUGUUGUCCUGCUUGGCCACUCGAUGGGUGGACUCGUUGCUUCGGAUGCUACCAUUCAGUUGAAUAGCGAAGCGCCUCUUCCAGGACAGCUCUUCCCACGCGUAGUCGGCGUUAUCUGCUUAGACAGCCCAAUGCUUGGCAUUGCUCCAUCGCUAUGGACGAACCAAGCGACGGAUCUCCUCAACAAGGGUUCAUCUUGGUACAAUACUGCAACAACGCUGACCGCGCUAAGCUCAGGCUUGCUCGCCUCGAAGACGGCAGAAAAGCGACAAAUCAAAGAUAGUCCUGCUUCAGCAUCUUCAUGGGGUUGGAAGUCGAUUGCUGCUGCGAGUGCUGCCGGUGCGCUUGUUGCUGCUGGCGCAGGUUAUGCUUCCAAAGAGCAUCUUGCACGAGGCUUCACUUGGAUCACCGAUCAUCUUGAGUUUAUCAGCAUCUUGCGCGAUGAAGCUGGACUCUCCCAACGGACUGUGGCUGUCAAUUCCAUUGAUAGUGUUCAUUUUGCUUGCUUUUACACUGCAAUUCCACCUACUUCAGGGACAGCUUCCGAUCGCACGUUUGUGGUUUUGCCAAAAGGGCAGCUGCUCAAGUCGCGGUACAUCAGGCAAGAAAACAGGGAAGCUCGUGAUGAAGUAGCGGCGCACACCACCAUGUUCCGAGAUGUCAAUAGUGGCUACACUACCAUGCUUGAGCAGGCGACGAGUCUUAUUGCAGAAUGGCAGGCCGCGUCUGGACCAUUCUCAAAGCAGUAUGUCGACAGCGAAGAGAACUUUGUUACUUGAUGAUAGCCAUGGCACGACAACUUGGCAAUACGC